UUUGUAGCUUUGCUUGUAACUUUUGUAAUUUUGUAAUCAAUAUUCAAUAUUACAAGAUUACAUCUAAUUUAGAAUUCUAAAGAAAUAAAUACAAAUUCCAAACAUUCCAAUUUCCAAUCAUGACAAAUGACAACGGCCAUUUAAAAACUAUUGAGCUAAAAUAGUAUUUAUGUUUAAUGACGUGUUUGGUUGAAAUACCUUUUGUGUUGUGAAAUUUAAGAUCUUGUUCAAAUCUUGUUCUGCAGUGUCCUGAUUUGAAAUAUAAUUUAUCUCUUGAAGUCAUCAAAUCAUCAUCCUACUGAUCCUAGUAGUGUAUGCAUAAUGCAUCCAAGUAGGAGGAGAAAGAAGCGUCCUAACUAUGGAAUUAGGACAGUGGAGGUUAUGAGGGGUCCAAAUGGAUUUGGCUUUACAAUUUCAGGACAACAACCAUGCAUUUUAUCCUGUAUUGUGAAUAAUUCACCCGCAGAACAAGCUGGUCUUCGAGCUGGUGACUUCUUGAUAUCUGUUAAUGGUGUCUCUGUAUCAAAAAAAGCUCAUGAUGCUGUGGUAAGCUUGAUAGGGAGUUGUGUUGGGCCAAUUGAAAUGACAAUUGCAGAAAAUUACUAUUCAGAUAGUAGUGAUGAAGAUUUAGGAUGUAGCAGAAUGGGAAAUGGUAGGAAGCCCAAAUACAUGCACAAACCCAGAGGGAGAGUUAACAAAGUGGAUCUGAAUAAAGUAACAAUGGAUAUGAAUGAGAAUAGUUCAUUCCAAAUUGGAGAAUCAGUUUUAAAACAAGAUUCAAAUGAACCUCAAAUUGUCUGUAAUAAAAGUGGCCCAGUUGAAUUUUUGAACAUUACAAAUUCCAUUUCAAUGGAUGAAGAAGCUGGUCCUUUGGAGUAUAAAGUUUUAGUAGGUUAUUUAGGAACAAUUGAAAUGCCUGAACAAUUGCUACCAAACUCUAGAUUACAGACAGUUUGCAGCUGUAUAAGAAAACUUCGCCAAGAAAAAAGAAAUCCUACUGCAGUUCUGAUGACUGUUCUUCCAACCUGCCUAACACUGAAGAAUGCUUGUAAUAAUAUCUUGGCAAUUUAUCCUAGUAACCGUGUUGUGUAUGUUGGUUCCACUGCAGAUAGAGAAUCAAGAUAUUUUGGUUUGGUAACUAGUGCACUGAGUGAUAGAUUGAACGAGAAUUUUGAUAAAUGCUGUGAAGGGAAAGUUUGUGAACCAGUUGAAAAAAAAAUCAACAAUUUUGAUAAUAACAUAGCAAUUUCCAACAGUUGUCACAUUUUUGUAACUGAUCCGAAAAUUGUAGAUCAUAAUUUGCACCAGAAAAAAGCAGAAAGCUUCAAAAUAACCUGUACCACCAACAUGAUUAAUGGAAAUUGUCUGGAGUUUCCAAGCAGCUCUUCCUACAUUGUGAGGAUAAUACAGAGUAUGUAUAAGUUGCAAAAUGCUGAUAAAAAUAAUGAAAAUGUUGGUCCAAUUGUUGCAAAUUCCCCACAACCAAGUGCAUCUAGUAACUCUGAUUCUGGAAUAGGGUUCAGGGAUGAUUGUGGUAAUAUAAGUGACCGGAUUUUGGUUGUAGAGUUUCCUGUACAUAGACCUCUACAAACUUCAAAUUUCAACAAAAGGCCAAGUGGAAUUCAUGCUUCAAAUGUUCCUUUAGAAUAUUUAGACAAACCACUGAACAGUGAUCAACUACAUUCCUUUGAAAUCAACAACUCACAUCAUAGCAAUGUUAUAUCAAACAGUCAAUCCAUGAAUAAUAAUGAUUAUUCAAUCUUGAAUAAUUUGAACAAUGUGAGGGCAUGUGAGCACAAUAUGAAACAGGAAAUUGAAAAGGGAGACUUCAAAAAUGCAAAAUAUGACAAUAUCCAUCAGCCAGAUAAUAUCUGUAGGCUGACUUGUAGAGCCAUCCCUGAUUUUUCAGUAAAUAAUGUUAAUCCUGGUCCAUCAUCUCUGAGCAUCAGAAGCUCUGAUGAUAACACACACAUACCUGAUUUGGGAAAAGAGUUUUACUCUGAAAGACCAGUUGAUGUUCCUCUCUCAAACCCAAAUCAACAUACUGAAUCAAGAAAUGGUUCUGUUGAUACUAUCUCUGUUCAUAGUUCAAAAAGUUGUGAGUUCUCAAACUUGCUCAGUGUUUUCAAAGCUCCAUUUGAAAGUAAAAAAGCAAGAAAAAAUAUAAAAAUAAUGAGUAGUCUGGAUAAUUUAGACAAAUGUGGUGAAAGCUCAAUGAACUACAAAAUGAGCCCAAGAGUUUGUCAUCUACCAAAAAUAAAUUACAGUUGUGAAGAUUUCAAUAAUUUUGAUUCCAUUGACAAAUAUGGAUAUGGGAGUCUACAAGAUCUAUGGAGUUUGAAUGGACCCCAUCUGGAUUUGAAGAAUAUAGCACAAAGUGAACCAGAUGUUCGGAUUUCAAGAAAUAUUGAAAAUAACUUGUUUGACCAAAAUGGAUUCGCAAAGUGCAGUAGCCCCGAAGGUCCAACUGCUUGGGCGCACUCCUUCGAGAAACUCUUGGAAGAUCCCUUAGGGCUCCAUAUGUUCACGGAGUCCCUGAAGAAGCAAUUCAGCGCCGAAAACAUAUACUUCUGGACGGCGUGCGAACGCUUCAGACUGCUGCCGCCCGGCGCCGAGCGACAGGCCGAGGCGCAGCGCAUCUACCAGCUGCAUCUGGGCGUGGGCGCCGCGGAGCCGGUGAACGUCGACGCCCAGGGCAGGCACUUGGCGGAGCACUCGCUGUCGGCCGCCGAUCACGGCCUGUUCGAGCAGGCGCAGAAGCAGAUCUUCGUGCUGAUGAAGCUCGACUGCUAUCCGCGGUUCCUCAAGUCCGACAUCUACAAGCGGUGCGUGGCUGGGGAGAUCGAGAAGUGGCCGCUCGAUACGAGAUUGGUAUUUCAUCAAUCACAUUCCACACCUUCGAAAUUAUUGAAGAAAUCUGUCAGCAAUGCCGAAGGUCGAAGAAAGUCGCUACUACCUUGGCACCGAAAAAAUAGAUCAAAAUCAAAGGAUCGCGGAGAGUCGGAAUAUAGCCAGAAGAGCGACAUUAUUACUAGCGAAAACAACAAUGUAGCUGAUAGCACGAGAGGUGACUUGCAAUCCAGCGGAUCUUCUUUGACUUCCCUGGACCUAGCUAUUUCAAAUCAGGAACUAGAUAAACCAAGACACUGUUGUCAAGAAGACUUAGCCUCAAAUAAUGACAGAAUAGCAUUGUGUCGGGUGAUUUUGAGCAAUGGAAGUACAACUGUCACUCAAAUUAGGGACUCCGAAACUAUCCAAGACUUGGUGAAUAGGAUAUUGGACAAAAGAGGAAUUGCUUACUCAUCCUUCGAAGUUUUCACCAACAAACAUCCAAAGUGCAUGGAUGUAAAUGAAUCCUCCAGCAAAUUGGCGGGGUGUGAGGUUACCGUCGAACAGCGGGUAGUAUUCAAACUCGAUCUUCCCAAUAGAAAAACGAUAAACAUCAGAUCGAAAUAUACUAAAAUCAUUGUCGACGUACUGAGACCUAGCUUACACAAGUAUCAAUACAACUUGGACGAAGUUUUCAUUCUGAAUGGGAACGUUGCCAUCGAUCUAGAUGUACCUGUAACCACUAUAGAUGGGCUCAGACUGAAAGUCCAGUUGCGCGAAGAUACUAGACAAGGAAACAUGCAUUUUCCCGAAAACUGCAAUAAUAACAGUAAAGUUACCAAACUUGAAGAAAUAACCAAUCAAGUAUUUGAGGGGAUUCUACAAGAUAAAUGUGAUUCAGCUCAUAAACCAACAAAAUCGGAUAAAGGAUCUAUCAAGAGUGAAGAUUGGGGUUCGGAACACUCUUCAACAUUUAUCGGGAAAUUUCUGCGAAGAGAUUCGGGCAUGCUUGAUCGCAAAAAGAAAAUGUCUACCAAGUGCAAACCCACUUUCUAUCCCGAAGACAACGGGGAUGAUCAUAGUCAACUGAAGAAGCCGCUGAUUGCCAAAAUGAAACAAGGAGCGAAUAAAUUGCAUUUAAGUGAUGAAUUGGUAGAGGGGCUCACUAGGGCACAAAGACGAAUCGAGGAUCAAAGAGGAACAGAAAUAAACUUCGAACUGCCAGAUUUUUUGAAAGACAAGGAAAACGAAGAAAUAUCAAAUAAAACGGAACAAAAUACUCAGUUCGGAAUGAAUCACCAAGAACCAAAGAAUACAUCCGUAACAACCACGAAAAAACCAAAUCCUGGAAUCCAAUUCAACUACGAGAACAGAAAUGUUCUAGUGCCUACCAAGUACCUUACAACUCAUGAAACUGAAAUAAUCAAAGGGCGGAUGACUUCUCCGUUCAAAUCGUCCGAGGAAUCGUCUUCCUCGAAUCAGUCGACCCCGGCGAAGGCUGGAAGCUUGAAUGCCACCGUCAUCGAGAACAAAAGGCAGAACGAUCCACCCCCUCUGCCUCCGAAGCCCAAAAUCGUGCCUAUCAAACCACAGAACUGGGGGCAAGUCAGCAACGUUUACAAGCACAAAGAGGUGCCGACCAGUGAACGAAGUCAGGGGUUGUUCUUGGAAAGAACUUCCAGCAGCUUUGUGUAGAUCGAGCUAGGUUAAUUUCCAGCAAGAUUAGCUUUAACACCCUCCACGUCAGAGUUGACACACCAAGAAAAUUAGGUGAUUAUGAGGAAUUAAACAAUGCGAUAUAUUUUUUUGUCUCUUGAAAGUACUGAAUGUUUUUGGUGUGUUGAUUUUGUCGUUGAUUUUAUUUAUUAAUUUGUGUAUGUAAAGAAAGUAUUAUAUUUAAUAUUUAAAUAUAUAUUUGUAUGUUUUUAA